AUGUCUAUUGGUCAGUUUGCGGCAGAAGUCACUAGUGGUCCAAUUAUGGAUAGUGUAACAGCUAGCCCUACCAAGAUAGUUGAUAUGGCUAAGAAAGCGGCAGACUUUAUUGCUGAUGCUUCUAGAAGCGGAGCUGGCAAAAAGCCCCCAGAAAAUCCUUUGGAUAAAAAAAGAAAAGGAGGAGAAGAAGCAAAAGGUUCUGAAGGUAGCGGAGCUGAAGACAAAAUGGGUUCUGGUGUAGGAGAGAGUGCUGGAAAUUCAGGCGGAGGAGAUAUGGGAUCAUCUGGAGGAGGCGGUGGUGGCGGAGCUGGUGGAGCUUAA